UCCGGGGCCGGGCGGGGCCCCCGCGUGACGCAGGCGGCGGAGGGGGGGCACGUCGCUCGCUCGGUCGGUGCGAGCGGGAUGGCGGCGGCGGCCGGCGGCCCCGCCGCGGCCCUGGAGCCGGAGCCGCCGCGGCGCGGCCCGGCGGCGGGCGAGGAGGAGGCGGCGGCGGCGGAGCUGGCGGCGGAGCUGGCGUCGCGGCGCAGCGCGGAGGCGCGGCGACUGGUGCUGUCGCCGCGGCGGCUGUCGGGCCCGCUGCCGGCCGGGCUGUCGCAGUGGUUCCCGGCGCUGGAGGAGCUGGACGUGAGCGGGACGGGGCUGGCGGAGCUGGGCGCGGAGCUGCUGGCGCUGCCGCGCCUCCGCACGCUGCUGGCCAAGAACAACCGGCUGGGCGGGCCCGGCUCGCUGCCCAAGGGGCUGGGGCAGGCCCCGCUCGGCCGCUCCCUGCGCGUCCUCAACCUCAGCGGCAACCGCUUCGCCGAGGUGCCGCCCGCCCUGCUCGGCCUCCGCGGGCUGCAGAGCCUCAGCCUCGGCGGCAACCGCCUGCACGGCAUCCCGCCCGACAUCCAGGAGCUGCGCAGUUUAGAGUUUCUGUACCUUGGAGGGAAUUUCAUUACUUCUAUUCCACCUGAAUUAGCAAACCUGCCUUCUCUAAGCUAUCUAGUUUUGUGUGACAACAAGAUCCAGAGCAUUCCACCUCAGUUGGCACAGCUGCAUUCCCUGCGUUCCCUUAGUCUGCACAAUAAUCUGCUGACUUACCUCCCUCGGGAGAUUCUCAACCUGGUUCACCUGGAGGAGCUGAGCUUGCGUGGGAACCCGCUUGUGGUUCGGUUUGUCCGUGACCUGACCUACAACCCCCCAAGCCUCCAGGAACUGGCUGGACGCACAAUUAAAACGCGCAAUGUUCCCUACGCUCCCAGCGAUCUCCCAGAGAAUCUUGUCCGAUAUUUGAGCUUGGCCAGCAACUGUCCCAAUCCUAAAUGUGGGGGUGUCUACUUUGACAGCUGCGUCAGACAAAUCAAGUUUGUUGACUUCUGUGGGAAGUAUCGUCUCCCGCUGAUGCACUACCUGUGCUCCCCAGAGUGCUCCUCUCCCUGCAGCUCUGCCUCCCAGAGCUCCACUUCCCAGAGCGAGUCCGACUCUGAGGAUGAAGCCAGUGUUGCUGCACGCAGGAUGCAGAAAGUCCUCCUGGGAUAAAAGGGACUGAGAGGGAAAGACUGGAAGGAAAGCAUCAGAAAAGCAAUAAUGGAACUGUGCGAAGCAUAAGCCUCUGGCCUGAGGGGCUCACACGAAACUGUCCUCAAUUCCAUGUAAGGGGAUGUAAGAACAUCUUAGUAAGGCUAGACUUGCUUGGUGCAAGGCUACUUAGGAGAACUAACUCGAUGGCAUAGUGCCUGUAGGGUACCUGGGGCUGUUAAAAAUGUCUGCUGUCUGGAAGGUCCCCCUCAUACCCAGUGGAGAGGGGGAUUUUUUUCUGAUGGGCAGAUUUUAAAGGGGUUUUAAUAUAUGACACUUCACUGGACUUCAGUCAUCCUGCAGAGCAAAGGAGACUUUGUCCAGGGCUUAUAACACUGUGGUAAAUCAGAAACAGGUUAAUGAUGCUCUGUGGGUAUGUAUGGACCCCAAGGUUUGUGUAAUGUUUUGAUUCUUUUCUGCCUCCUUUUGAUUUUAGUAACAGAUUUUACACUCAUUCAAAAAAAAAAGGGAUUUUUGGGGGUGUCAGGAGUAGAUUUUUCCAAACUCUUUCCCAAAGAAAGUUAUUCUUUCUUUGCCUAGAGGCAUAGGAUCUUUGUGCUGUUGUAGACUUUACAGCCCUACAACUGAGUUGCCUUUUUUCUUCCUUGUUAUACCAAGCUGCUCCUAGUGUUUCCUCCUAACUUAAUUCCUUUUUUUCCUCCCCUUGCCCCUUCCUGUUAUACCUGGAGUGCUGCUGUCUUUACGUGGCCUCAAAACAACAGACAAGUUGUUCUAUUGAGACUCGGGAUUAGUUCAGAUCUGUGGCUGUAUGUGCCUGUGCUAGGGACCAAAUGCAAUGCCUUGUAUCAAGCCUUUGACCUCUCAGCUUACUGGAGCAAAUCUGCUCUUAAAUUUGUAACUUGCAGGAAGGGUCUCAAGACUGACCUUUCCGGUUUUUAAACAACUAUGUUCCCCCCUCACCCCCAUGUGGCUAGUUCUGCUAUGCUUGGUACAGUGUUACUUUCUGUCUUUAAGUUCAUCUGCUUAAAGUAGUCAGCAAAUUAGUGAGUUAGAAGUACAGGGAGAAGCAUGGGGAGAAGGUGGUUGUUUUUUGCUUUUGUUUCUAAUAUGAGAGAAAAAGCUGGCAGGUGGAAUAUAAGGCACAUUUUCUGAGCAUCUUGCACAUAAGUUGGUUUUGAAGCUUCUCGCCUGUUUAUCUGUUUGCAUUUGCUCUUGUUCUAAAAGCUUAGGUAGUCUGUCAGAUUGUUCAAGUAACAUAUUCAGUUAUCUUAAACUAUGUUUAAAGGAAAGCUGCAGAAAAUAGCUCAAUUUUAAGUAUUAAGAAAUAGCUUUUAAAAAUUAAAAUUAUGAAAUUGAUGGGUAUUUGUAAAUCUACUUACGGGGCUAGCGUAUUUUUUGCUCUGUCAGAGCUGCCUAUUUAUUGAUAACUCACAGCAGGAAGCCCUUUUGAUGCAGUGUGAGAUGCAACAAAUCCAACUGUGCAUUCAAAUGCAUGAGCACAGUAAAUGCUUAUAGUGGUAAGAAGCUAAAUGAACCAGCACAACUUUUUUUUUUCUUUUUUAAACCUACUUUGGGAGGGAAAGAGGAAAUAAAAACCUGUGCUCCUAUCCUGCAUUCAGAAAACAUGUAGCUAUUUAAAUACCUUAUGGCAGCUCAGUGUUAAUGGUUCUUUUUAAUUAUAUUUGACACUUUAUUAAAGCACUUUGUUAAUUUUACUCUUUGUAGCUAGCUUUAGUGAUUUUUUUUUUUAAUUGCAGUUUUUCUUUUAAUGUGACCUGAAGAACAAGUUCUGUGAAAUUUUGUAUGUGCCAGUCUGUCUUGGUGGGCAGGUUGAACUUCUUGCCUUGAAGUUCCUUGACAGUAUGGCUCAGUUCCCUGAGUUCCUUUGUAGAGAACGCUUUGAAAGAAAUAAUCAAGUCAUAAAAUAGCACCCCUUCAGUUAUUAAUCAUUGCAACAUACACUCUAAAGAUUGCCCCUGUGCGUGCACACACGCAUGCCUAAGUAAUUAAAUUGCACAUGCUCUGUGCCUUUUUUUAUGUAUAUAUUUGAGACACAGUAAGGUAAAUGUUCAAAGCAACUGGAUGUCUCUUUAGCACAUUCCAUGAGGUUUGCUUGGGAAGAAGAAUCUAAAUGUUUUGAGAGAAACCAGCUGCUUGGUGUUAGUUAGAUUGGGAUCAGUGGCUUGUGUUUUGUCCUUCAUCUUCUCCUUCAGGUGCUUCUUCCUGUCUCAAGUGCAUAUUGUCAUACGAAUGCUAGAUGACAGUAAACUGAUUGCAGAGACACAAUUUCAGAUUUACUGCUAGCAUAACUGUAGUGAGCAACUGGGUGAGCUAGAACUUGGCUCUUUUGCCAGUGAAUGUGAGCCAUGCAAGUUGAGAUCUUAAGAUCUUUUGAGCUCAGGGCCAUGAGGUACUACUAUCUGUCUGUCUUCUCUUGAGCAGCAGCUCUUCUUUAAUGACGUACUUUUCACUUCAAAAAAUUAGAUUUCACAACCACUUUGCUGCCACAAAUCCUGCUUUCACAGCAACACCUCUGGGUGAUGGGUUAAGACCAGUGGCUUCAUACUGGUGACUGGUUCUAAUUUAGCUCCUCUCUUAACUGCAUUUUCUUUCCCAACCAAGCUAGUGUCCAAUUUCUGGCCCAAUUCUACUAAGGUUAAUAGUGAUCUCUCUUCAUUGCUUUUUCUGUGUAGCCAGGUCAAAACUUGGCAGCUCAGGUAGUGGAUAUCUCUAUGCAGUUCUUUGAAAUCUUCUUAGACUUUAUCAUAAAGUAUCUUGUAUCUUAAAAAUUUAUACAUAAUCCUGAAUACAGCUAAUGAUUUUUUUCCUUUUGCCAGUGGGCUUUAAAGUGCAAUUCAAGUAAGUCAGGAUUUAAAACAAUCGAGGGCUUGUAAGAAAUACAAAUGAUUGGUGCCCCCCCACCCCGAUUUAGAUUUGAUGGCUGCAGUGCAGUGCUGAAGAGACUGAGCCCUCAGGAGUCUUGUUUUUCAGCACUUGUAGCCCCCAGACAAAACUUGAAAAUACGGUGAGGAUGGUAGGAACUAGUUUCUAUUGUCCUCUUGCAGGCCCCGAAAAGUAGAUGGUGGGUUUGCCAGCAUUACGGCUCUUUUGCCAGCUUUAAAUAGUGGAUUUCAGUUCCUACAGAUGCAUCUGCAUUGGCGAAGUCUUCAGUGAAUGUUUUGGUAUCAGUCUUCUUGUUACUACAGCAGCCCAGCAUGUCCAGCUUUUGAAAAUGUUCUUAAGUUGAGACACAAGUGUGUGAAGCGAAGUUGCUCAUUCCAUCUUCCCUGCAGUGUCUAGGACCCUGCCCACAUUGUUCCUCUGUCCUUCCAUCUCUUUGCCAAGAAGAGCUGAUGGGGGUAUUUCUGAAUGCAGGUACUUAAUGUGAGCAGCAGGAUCACGUUAAAAAGAAGCAAAAUAUCAAUUUGACUGGAAGCAAUUUAAAUAGUUGCCAAUUCUUUCAUGUUUCUCUUUCUUUAAUAAGAGGUGAGACUUGAGGAAGUCGGUAAUGAAUAUUUAAACAUACUUUCAAGUGGCCAGAUGCAGUUUUUCAUGGGCUUCUGUCCUGGUCAGUUCAAGUCUUUGAAAUCUUGGGUUGAAUUAUAAUGGGAGUAGGGGGGAGGGAGGGGAGAACCAGCUCCUUUUUGUUACUUAUUCUUUUUGGCAAUAAUGAAUGGGAGGAAUUUAAUCCAAUGAAAGUAAUGAAACUUAAUCCCUGCAAUGUGUCUUUGUUACCCAGUUCAAAGAAGUAUUUUAAUGCAUCUUAUUCACACCAGGCAGUUGAAUUCCCUCCCCCCGCUUUGUAGGGUCUCAAGAUACUUCAAAUAGACUAUUUCAGGAUGCACACUAAUACAGCGCUAACUCCAUCUUGGAAGCCUUUCUACUGAUUAUUUCAUUUGCCUGCCUGACUAGAGGAUUGAUCUUUUACUGACCUGAACGUUAAGGGUAGAAAGGGUUCUCAUCUAGCCCUCUGGUGAAUUGUUAUCAUGAGCAUUUGUUUUAUGAAGUCUUAAAGUGCCUUAUGUUUUUAAAAGUAUAUUUUGCUAGAAAUGUAUGAAUAUAGAGUAUCUCUAACAGUAUUUCUUAAAGAGCUGUAAAACAAAUUGUAACACUAAAUCAAAAAUGUUAUUUCUACAA